UUUCGUUUAUUCCGGUACACAAGUUCCAUUUUGAAUUUAAGUCCUCUAGUACAAUUACCAAGAAUUUUAAUAAUAUCGUCGCAUAGUCUCUAUCCUUUAAGAUGUCGUCAUCACUUUCAUUCAUUAAAUUUUCGGGAAUAUUCAAUAAUGUCAAGAGCACGAAGAUUAGCGGGAUUGCCACCAAAAGAUGAUAUAGUAAUAACAUCAAAUAAUAAAUCAUCUUAUUCAUCAAAAUUGAUCCAACCCAUAAAGAAGAAGAUCUCAGUGUCAAAAAAUUUGAAAUCAUCCAAAAAAUCCAGAAUAUCAUUUACACCACUGGUCAAGAAGAAAGAUGUUAUGAGAUCACACCGGGAGGCGGAUUAUGAAUCAAAUAGGAGUAUGAAAGAAAAAGAGGCAAAAUGGAAGCUAAACAAUAAUAAUUCGUUGAACAUUAAUGGAAUAAAUGAGGUACCCAAAAUGAUAUCUCAAAAUCAAAAAUUUAAAUUUCCAAUAACGCCAGCUAGCGUUGAUGUUAUGCUACCAAAAAUCCAUGAACGUUUUGAACAACCAGAAAAUCCGAAUUUGCUUAAGAUUGUAGUAUUAGGAACUCCAAAUGCAGGAAAAUCUACUAUGUUAAAUGCAUUAUUUGGCGAAACGGUAUCAAUAGUUUCUAAUAAAGCACAUACAACAAGAAAAAGAAUUCCUACAAUAUUAACUGAAGAGAAUAGACAAUUAAUAUUUAUCGAUACACCUGGAAUUGUUUCUAGACGUAAUCGACCAAAAUUAAAUCGUGGUUUAAUUAACGCAUCAUGGCAUUCACUACACGAAGCUGAUCAUGUGUUGGUAAUAGUUGACGCGUUCAGAGCUUUAUAUCAUACAACAUAUUCAGAAAGUUUGUUAUUAAGUAGAUUAAAAGAAUAUAAAUUACCUGGGACGUUGGUAUUAAAUAAGAUUGAUUUAUUAGCCAAUAGUAAAAAUUCAAUACCAUCCAUCUACGAAAAAUUUACUGCACAUUAUCCUUAUUUUAAACAUAAAAUAAGUAUAAGUGCAUUAAAACGAACAGGAAUAACAGAAUUGAAGAAAAUGUUAUUAUCAGAUACGUACCCUCACGAUUGGAUUUACCCACCAGAUCAAAAGUUAGAUAUGGCGGAUAUUAAACUCGUUGAAGAUUUUAUUAGAGCAGAAAUUUAUGAGAGGUUACGUGAUCAUCUACCUUAUGUAGUAAGACAGGAAAAUGUUGGAUGGACUGAUUUACCAAAUAAUAUAUUAAGAAUUGAUCAAAAUGUAUAUGUUGACCAUCCAUCACAGUUGAAAAUAUUAAUAGGAGCAAAUGGUACAGUAAUAAAAACUAUUGGAGUAAGAGCUGCAACAAAAUUAUCUGCAAAAUUUAACAAGACAGUUAGACUAUAUUUGACUGUUAAAGCGAAAUCAUUAGAAAAGAUUAGAACAAGUUAUUAAAUUAAGUGAAGAAUUAUUAUUUUUAUUACAUUUCUUGGAAAGGGUUGAAAUCUGAUGAAGCUAUUGACAAAUAUUUAGAAAUUAGAGUGUUAGAGAAGUGUCAUUUAAAAUAAUAGCGCUUCUUAAUAAAAACAUGCUAAUUUAUUUCCCCGUUUCACUAUUCCAUUGCCAUAAAGAGAAUGAAUAUAUUUCAGGUAUUCCUUGAUAAAUAAACUUUGUAGUACAUACGAAAUAUGGGUAUUUCGAAAGCGAUGUUCUAAUAGGUACCCAUAAUUAUUCACAAUUACGUGCAUUUCAUGGCUGAACAGAAUCCGCUAAAGUGCGAAGAAAUCCCUUAAAGAUU